GGAGGAGGAGGGAGGCUGAGAGAGAAAGAGAGGGGAGCAGAGAGGCAGGCUUUGCCUUUUCUGGUAGUUAAAGUCGCUGAAAGAAGCAGCAGGAAUUCUUUGUGCUGCAGAAGGGCUGAGAUAUAAACCAGACUGUAGAGGUUGAUAUAUGAAGAGAGGGGAGACACCGCUGUUCAUGGACUAAACUUCAGCUACUGCUAAAGUGAGAAAGUGAGGACAAUUCUUGGGCAUCAUGGAUGAUGACUUUGACCGCCGCAUGGAGCAGAGGAGGAUGAGGAGAGAGCAGAUGCGCGUCGACUCUGACAAGCCGGGAUGCACCAACGAGGACGAUGAUGAGGAAGCUCGGGAGCAAAGGAGACGUGCGAGGGAGGAGAGGAAGAAGAUGAUGAAGGACUCAGAAGAGCCCGAAACCACUGAUGUGAUCGACACUAACAGUGUGACGGAGACCACAACCGUUACUGCUGAAGGUGCAGAUGAUGACCAGGCUUUGCUGGAGCGCCUGGCGAAGAGGGAGGAGCGCCGGCAGCAGAGAAUGAAGGAAGCCAUGGAGAGACAGAAGGAGUUAGGCACCACCAACGGCACAGAAGAAGGUUUGGAAGAGCAGUCCUCUAUCAGCAGCGGCAGACAGCGACAUACAGAGGAAGAGGAGGAGAAGAAGGAGGAGGAGAAACCAGCCCAAGAGGACACCAACUCCUGGAGAAAAGAGGCAGAGGAUAAGAAGGAAGAUGAGAAGAAAGAGGAAGAAGAAAGGCAGCUAAAGGAGGAGGAGGACAGGAAGAAGAGUGCAGCGGAGGAAAAACAACAAAAGGAAAUGGAAGAGAGAUUGAAAAAAGAGGAAAAAGAAAAACAGAAAAAGGAGAACGGAGGGCUCUUUGAGAACAAACUGAAGAAAACAGAGAAGACAUCAAGGGACAAUGUUCCCUCCACCAAGGCAGACGACGCCGAGCGGCAGGAGGCCGAGCGUAAACUCCAGGAGUUGAAGCGCCGGCGAAACGAUGCAGAGAGCGAGGACUUUGAGAAGAUGAAGCAGAAGCAGCAGGACGCAGAGGCCGAGCUGGAGGAGCUGAAGGGGAAGAGAGAGGAGAGGAGGAAGGUCCUGGAGGAUGAGGAGAAGCAGAAGAAACAGGUGAUGGAGGACAAGAAAGCCAAAGACCAGGAGGAGAGGAAGAGGAUGAAGGAGGAGAUAGAGAAAAGGAGGGCGGAGGCUGCAGAGAAGAAGAAGCAGAAGGAUGAAGAGUCUACAAAACCUGUCUUCGCUAUCAGUCCCAAAGGCUCCUCAAAGAUCGGGGCAAAGGCAGAAUUCUUGAGCAAAUCAGCCCAGAAAAGCACCGGAGCCAGAGCGUCUCACACUCCAAUUGUCUCCAAGAUCGGCAACAGACUGGAACAGUACACCUCUGCCCUCCAGGGAAACAAAGACGUCAAAUCUCCAGCAAAGGCUCCGAUGGUAGAUAUUCCUUCCGGAGGAGCACGCAGCAUCAAGAGCAUGUGGGAGAAAGGCAAUGUUGGCAGCUCCUCUGAAAGCCCAAGUCCAAGUCCUGCCAACAAGGAUUUGGCUGGUAUCAAAGGAGGUGUGACCGGACGUGUCAACAGUUGGAUGGCGAAGCCUCCAGAGGCGGAGAAGACAGCAGCACCUGCAGCAGCAGCAGCAGCAGCAGCAACACCAGCAACAGCAAAGCCAGCAGAUGUGAAACCAGGUGACAUCGGUAACAAGCGUGGCAUGUGGGAAACCAAGAAGAGCUCUGCGCCUGCCAAGGUGGCACUUGGAGGCAAGAGCAAGUUUCGCUAAUGCAGGCGUAAGACCCCUAACCAUUGACAUCCCCAUUUAAAUCAAGCCUCACCUGACCAAACACAAGGCUCUGCUACUGUAUGUGCAUCCAUUUCCCUUCAGCGUCCCUGUUUUUCGCAUGAAGUUCACACCGGAGUGAGGAAAAGACAAGGGACCAGGAUGAGUGACUCCAGCAUCAACUUCUCCAGAGAUUUGUUUCCUCAAAAGUUUCAAAAUAUUGAUGUUUUCAUCAUUUUUUACCAAAAAAUUCAAAGAUGUCUUAAGGUUUUCAGGACAAAGUACCCCAUAUUUUAUGCUUAAUAUAAUGGAUUGUGUAGUAAACAUCUGUUUAAUCAAGGUUACACAUUUCAGAUGGCUGUCAAGACGCUUAAAUGUUAUAUUGCUUUCAAGUAUUGUCAUAUAGCUUAAACCCAAUAAUAAGCAUUUGUGUUUUAUUGUCAUGCACACUCACUGGUUUUUGGGAUGAUAGUCACUGUUUUGACUCCAUGUGAUAACCGAGGCUGUUUAAUGUCCAUCUCACCGCUUGCAUUUGAAUUGUUAGAGUGUACUGCCACUGAGCUGGAUGUUGGGUGAUUAGCCUGUACAUAAUAGAGUAAUUUCAUAAGUCGGUACCACUUUCUAAUAAGGCAUAAAGGGUUUAUAAACAGCAGGUUUAUGGGUUGCCAGGUUGUGAAAAAUCCCUUUGUGAAGUUGUAACUACAAUUCUAAUGUUGUGGCUCUGGGGAUGGAAAUGUCGGUCAAUCUGUUGGUCCACGGAAUCUGUUGGAUUGCAUUGCCACAAAGUUUGGUACAGACAUCCAUGGUGCCCAGAGGAUGAAUCCUAAUGACUUUGGUGAUACUCUGACUUUUCAUCUAGCGCCACCAACUGGUCAAACAUUUCACUUACUGUAUCCAGUGAAAUAUCUCAAAUUCUACAGGAUGGAUUUCACACAAAAUUGAGUGAAAUGUCUUGAUAAAUGUUGAAUGGAUUGCUAUGAAAUUUGGUACACACAAUCAUUUUUCCCUCAGGAUGAAUUGUAAUGCUUUAGGUGAUCCCCCAACCUUUCAUUUAGCGUCAUCAUCAGCUCAGAAUUUUAAUUUAUCCAAUACUUAAAGGUGCUAAAUUCGAGGUCCAGAGCGUCAAUAUAGCAGCAAACAACUAUUUAUUGUAAAGAUAUAGAGGAGUAAUGUCUACCUGAGCAGAGAAUGAAGUUACUCUCCCUCUGUGUCUGUUAUAAUCCGAGCUUGUCUGUGCUUUGUAACUGCGCUGGGCCGGCCGCGCGUGCUUUUAGUGCAUGUUCAUUUAUUUGAGCGUGCCCCACUGGCUAGCUCACAGCCGCUGCUCUGCACUGCUCUCAUACGGCAGUUACAGCUGAUUACGCUGUCCUGAGCAAUGGCGCCAUUGCAGAAGUGUAGCACCGCAAUGUUGAGAGCCGUUGAGAGAAGAAAUGCUCCCAAUCUCGUAUUUAGCGCCUUAAGUUUAUGAUCAAAUAGCUGCAAAAAUAACAUUCCCAUCAACAGCAGCUGUACUGUACUAUUAUUUAGUGCUAAUUAGCAAAUGUUAACUUGCUACAGAAGUACAGCAUCACAGAGCAGCUCACAUGGCUGGAGACUGUUAGUGCUGUUUGCUCUUUAAUUAAUCAGAAAGACUGUUUGACCUCUGACCUCCUGGCAAAGCUUUGCAAAGUUAAUUUAUCAACAAUUUAUUAACAUUCACAAGCUGGAUGGAUUAUUAUAAAAAAGAAACAACUCUUUAUUAAUGCCUUGAUAACUGCAGACUUGAUGGCUUACUAGAAAAUGAGAACCUUUAGUUACAAAGUUUAUAAACCCCUUAUAAAGUGUGCCUUAUUAUAAAGUGGUACCCAUAAAUCCAUCACCUCAGAGAUAACAUCAGUGGCACAUUCAGCCCAGGACUGCAGCCAGAGUAACACAAUGUGCAAGCAGUUCAACGUUUCUGACAACAACAUAUGGGUUUGUUACCUUUUUCUGGCUUUUGUUAACUGUGGCAGUUUGAAAAUCACAUUAUUAUGUAAUAUAAACACGAACAACGUCUAUGAAUACGUGUUAAGGCGAGUAUCCACUGUAACAACUGUUCAGUGACCAAAUGCAAUUCUAUUUAACAGGCAGUCUUGCUUUUCUAUCAUCAGUUUACAUCACAAACUUCACAGUUUAAUUGCAUUUCAUCGCAGCGAUAAAGGUCUAUAAGACAAUGGCAAUAUGCACUCUGUAAUUAAGUUUAAAUUGUACCCUGGUGUUUCUCUCAGUCAGCAGUGCACAUGAGUUGAAUCCUGCCAAAAUGGAUUGCCAGAUGGAUUGCUUCGUUUGAAUGUUUGAAGUUAUUGUUUGUACUUGCUUCAGCAAUAAAAAAAAGAAAGAAGUAUAA